UGUAGGCAAGACGAGGGGAAACAAACGAUCUGAAGCAGUCGGUAUAGCUUGUACCGUAGAACAGGGGAAGAAUACCAGCAUUUAAAAAUUCUUAUUUUAAUAACUUUCGAACUGGAUAUACUGUGAUCAUUUACAUGUUGUAAGCAUGAAACAUCUUGGAAUUAUCAUAGCCUGCAUUAUCAGCGUCGCAUUUGCUAGAGGUCCUCGGUUUGAAAAUGUAAAACCGGACGUCGGCUACCAUGCUAUUGCGCGCGAAAACGGAAGAAAUGUGGAAGUAUCACCAAGGAUACGAGUUGUUGACGAUGAAGUGUGCAGCUUUACGAUUACGAACAAGCACCAUGGCGAAAUCCCCUUCAUGGUGCAAAUCACGGACAAGGCCCUUGGCGAAGCUAAACUGGUCGCCAAGAAAGAACUUAAUUGCGAAAAAAGAAAAGCCUUUAAGUUUGACAUAGCUGCUGUCGGAUGUGAUGGGCUUUCAUCUGAAAACGUGACCGUCCACCUGACGGUGGAGGACAUAAACGAAUUUGCUCCGGAAUUCGUCCAAGAAACAUACAGCGCGGACGUGGACGAGGACCGGCUCUACGACAAGAUCGUACAGGUGGAAGCGGACGACAACGACUGCUCUGCCAAGUUCAGCGACAUUUGCAAAUACGAAAUACUCACCAACGAUCAGCCAUUCACCAUCGAUCAGGAAGGUCGAAUCAAGAACACCGAACCCCUGUCAUGGGAGAAUGCCCCCAACCACAUCCUGACCGUCGUGGCUUACGAUUGCGGAAUGAAGCGCUCCAAGCCAGCCACAGUCAACAUCAAAGUGAACAGAGUCUGCAGGAUUGGAUGGAAAGGGGUUCGGGAACGCAUCGAGUACACUCCUGGCUCUGGCAGGAGGCCCUUGUUCCCUGAGGCUCGCCUGGAACUGUGCGAUGUACCAUGCAAAUUGGAGAGAGUGGCUACUAAAGUCACCUUGGCCACUAGGCACAUUGGUAAAGGAUGCGACCGAGACACCUAUUCUGUAGAAUCACAAAGGAAAUUAUGCGGUGCCAGCUCUGAUAGUGUUGACCUGCUGCCCAGUCCAGGUAUUGGAGCAGAAUGGACGAGGGGCUUGCCCACCGAUGAUGGCCACGAAAGCGAUCAGAUAUACGAGUUCGAUGGAACAUCUAAUGCAGUUGUUAUCCCUGAAUCCACCCUGAACCACAAUUUGACUGACAAUUUCACCGUUGCUUUCUGGAUGAAGCACGAACCCUACCCUGACCACAAUGACACUCACAUGAAGGAACAUAUCAUCUGUAAUGCGGAUGACCAUAAAAUGAACCGCCACCACUACUCUAUUUUUGUGAGGAACUGCCGAUUAAUCCUUUUGCUCCGAAGAGAAUUCUACCAAGAACGCCCUAGUGUUUUCCGACCAGCAGAAUGGCGCUGGAAGAUGCCUGAAGUAUGUGAUAACCAAUGGCAUCACUAUGCUGUCAGUGUCAAUUUCCCUGAAGCUAAUCUCUACGUAGAUGGACAGCUCUUCAAAAUCCAGACAAAUAAUCCUGACAUUGUUGAUGAUUGGCCUUUACAUCCAGCAAAAGAUAUCAAUACUACCUUUGUUGUGGGUGCCUGUUGGCAAGGAAAAGAUGAAAAGAUGGCCUUUAAUUUCCAUGGUUUCCUUGCUGGUUUAUCAGUACUGAGGGGUCGCACUGAGAGUGCUGAAGUUUUGGCCUGCUUACAUCGCUGCAAAGAAGGUUUGGAAGUGCCACCUGCAGAUCUGUUAGAGCCCGGAAUGGAGCUUUUGACCAAUUCAGAUCUAAGUGAAGUCACGGUAGAAGGCAACAGCAAAACCAAUUUGGAAGAUUUAAUAUCUCGUGUUGGAUAUGUAAACUCCCGAGAAUUUCCUACUCCUGGUCGAAGAAGUGUUCAGCUCAGCACGACAGUCACAUGUGCUAAAGGAAAAACUGUGAAAGUACCACCAGUGGAAGCUUACAUCAUGGUCCUUCAACCUGAACUGCCAAGUAUUACUAUCAAUGGUACACCCAAUCUUGCCCGUGAGUAUGAAGCAUUCAAGCAAGGUAUCCAGCUGUUUGCCUCUGUCUCUGUCUUGGUCAGUCAAGAUGAGGAGAUGCAUGAAGGCCUCAACUCUCUCGACCAUAAGCUGGAUUCUUGUAGUGUGCAAGUUUAUCCUCCUCUCAACCCAGAUCAUGAGUACUUUAAGCUACCCAUUAGCCUAAUGACUCAUUUGGGAAUCCACCACAAAGAGAAUAAGGAUGGAUUGGUCAUCUUUGGAGCAGAUACUAUUCACAACUAUGACCUCAUCCUGAGACAAAUAGUAUACUAUAAUAGAAAACCUGCUUACUACCUUAACCGUGCCUUCAAGUUGGUUUGCUCUGAGCUGAAUGGUCGAUUCGUCAGCAACGAGUAUAUUCAAACUUUGACUGUCAUUCACCCAAGAGCAGAACCGGGUCACGAGGCAGAACCCAAACCAGCCCUUGAACCCGUAAACCACGCCCAAGUGCAUGACCAUAAGGUGGAAUUCAAAGAGGCAAAAGUACGUGCUGCUGAAUUUAUGGAUAAUGAAUUGGGAGGAGGCACUGAGGCCAUUGCAAAAACAUCAGCUAGUCAUGCUGUCGCUAUCAUUAUUGUUGUAUGUGUUGGCUUCUUAGUGUUCAUGAUUGUUCUCGGGGUGAUCAGAAUUCGUGCAGCUCAUCAUAGGUCACGAGAGACUCGUGAUGAGGACCAAGAGAUGGCCUGGGAUGACUCCUCUCUUACGAUCAUAGUCAACCCAAUGGAUCAAAUUGAGCAAGAGCAAGCUGCUCGUCCCCUCAAUGAGGAAGAGGACAGCGACAGCUCUGAUGAUGGUAGCAGUUACCGUGAUGAUGGUGAGUCCUCUGAGGAAGAGGAGGAUGCAGGAACUGCAGGCAAAGCAAAGACCAAGGAGUUGGAAUGGGACGACUCAACUCUCAACUUUUGAGCAGCGUCUGAAAUUCCCUUCGACGUAUCCACAUACAUGCAUUCCGGAGAUAGCUGUUUGGCACGCACCUGAAAAGGGAAAAAAGCACUCUGAAGAAUUAAAUACAAAAAUUAAUUCAAAAAAAUAAUAAAAGGACACCAGCUACUUUAGAAAUUUGUAUGCGGAUAUCGUUACACGAACAUUCACAGCGGAUUAGUUUUCACUGAGCAAUCCGUUGUUCUUCUUUUUUCUGUAAAUUAUCUAGUGCAGUUUUCCUUGCGAUAUGAUUUCUCAUUGAAUGAAGGGAUCAUCUUUAUUAGGGCAUCAAUUUAUAUUCUUAUCAGUGUCAUAUUUAGUGCCAUACGAGUGGUAAAUUUGAGUUCCUGCAGAUAAUUCCCUCUUAAGAUUAUAAACGCGUAGCUCCAGUUCUUUGUUUUUUUUCAUAAAGCCUUCCUUGUUUCUAUCAUUUUUCUAUUUCUAUGCUUCGUAAAUGCUAACUUGGAUAUAUCGAACCUUGCCUGAGAAUAUGAUUGCACAAAUGCCUAACCUUUACGGUGUGGAGAACCGUUCACAACCUUGUUGUCAGCACAAAUUGUCAAUGAGCACAUUGUAACUACCAGAUUUUUUUAGCCUAUUUUUUUGCGCCAUUGGAUUUAAUAUCCCUCCAUUUCUUUUCACCUCAAUCCUAGCUGCUAGGAAUUUAUUAUUACUGAAAAUGGUAGUUGUUUGCACAAGAUUGCAGCAUGGUGAUGUGUGCAUCUUGCCAUGGUUCAGGGUUUGUGUUUACACUGAUAAUUAUUGAUUCAAAAUUUUUAUUACAUUAUCAUUAAAAAAUAUUCCAGUUAUUUUAAUUUCAUUGAAAAUUCUUAUUAAAACUAGAUAGAUGUUUAAUAUGAUUGCACUUAUCCAUCAAAUGUAUAAUAAAUGUUCAAAAAAAUCCAUUUUAUAUGUUUGUUAUUUUAUGACUAUUGCAUUUUCAAAAUAUGCUUUAGAUAUCUGAUGAGCAUUCAGCACAUUCAUUGGACCUAUUGCAUACCUCUUGAAUGUAUUUCAUUCAUUUAUUUAUACUUAAAAGGCCCAAUGCAUUUAGUAAGGUGGACCAGUUUUGUAACAUAUUUCGUAAAGGCAAACCCUGACCUAUGUAUAAAUUAUUUUUUUCAUCCAGGCAGUAAAGGUUAACGUUUGGCAGACCCUCAAUACUAUAAAUAUCUCCCCUUCUUGCACAUCAUUUAUAGAUCAUGAUAAAUCGGAAAACACAUAUCGGAAUUUUGAAACAUUUUUUCCUUUUGUCUGUAUCUAACAUAUAUGUGUCGUAUCUCUAAAGCAUGCUUGUUGUAGUCACCUAAAACUGUCUUAGGACUUAGCGAGAGACUUAUUUGUGAUGUCUAUUACUGGCUGGGUGUAUAAGUGUACUUAUUUUAGCAGUCGGAACAUUUGUACAGUUUGUGCCGUUACGGCUUUUCUCUUAUUUUUUGUGAAUAUUUCAAUAAUACUGCUGUUUGGAGUUGUAAAAAAAGUAAUAAUGAUGAUUAUAAAAUAAUAAUAAUAAUAAUACCAAGCAAGCUAAAGCUGUGUUCCUGCCGGGCAUUCUGCAGUGGUCGCCUGCGAAUUUUCAGAGUCUAUUUAGAAAUUAAUUAUUUUGAUUCCUUGUGCCAUAGGGUUAUUUUAGAGAUUGUUGGCAGAUGCUGACAAGUAUAAUAGUCUAAUGGCAACCACUAUAGACUGCCCCAGGAAACCGAAAAAAAAAAAAAGAAAUUUUGACUAUGCAUCUGCCCAGCAAUCGCUGUUCUAUGAGUUGUUAGAUUUACAGUUACUAAUAUUUUGUGUGUGUAUAUCUGUUUUGUUAUAUACAAAUCGGUACAUUCCAUAUGUUUUCUCUUUGUAGAAUAA